AUGGCCGCUCGCAAAGCUCCAGCCGAACCGUUGCUGGUGAUCCUAGGCUCUACAGGCACAGGUAAAUCCGAGCUAGCCGUAGAACUGGCAACGCGGUUUAAAGGCGAGAUCAUCAAUUCCGAUGCUAUGCAGCUUUACAAUGGCCUGCCCAUCAUAACGAACAAGAUCAGCCAAGAGGAGAGGCACGGCAUUCAACACCAUCUUUUGGGCCAUAUUCCACUGGACGACGCUCCUUGGGACGUAGAAGAUUUCAAGUCUGAAGCCACAAAGGUCAUACGCGAAAUCCGCGGUCGUGGAAACCUACCCAUUCUCGUUGGAGGGACUCAAUACUAUGUUGACCCGCUUCUUUUUAAAGAUGUAAUCCUUGAUGACGUGCAGAUAGACCCCUCCUUGUCGUUUCCAAUCUUGGAGCAGCCUACAGAUGUGUUACUGGAAGAGCUGAAGAAGGUUGAUCCGAUUAUGGCGGAGAGGUGGCAUCCGAAUGAUAGACGCAAGAUUCAGCGAUCACUCGAAAUCUACCUGCAUACGGGUAAACCUGCAUCAGAAUUAUAUGCAGAGCAAGAGAAGCGCAAAGCUGCAGUUGCUCAAGAACCAGGGACAAGUCAGCCUUGGGAAAAGUUGCUCUUCUGGGUCUAUUCAGAACGAGAUGUCCUUACUGCACGGCUGGACAGUCGAGUAGACAAGAUGCUCGGCGCCGGACUCUUGGACGAGGUUCAAGAGCUGUUUGAUAUGAAAAGGAACAAGGCUGCUGAGGGUCAAAUCCUGAACAUGACAAAGGGCAUAUGGCAGUCCAUUGGCUACAAGCAGUUUGAACCAUACAUGGCUGCGAGAGAAGAGGGCAAGGAUGAAGCUGACCUCGAAAAAAUCAAAUCCAACGCUCUGGAGGAGAUGAAAGCGGCAACGCGCCGGUAUGCAAACUACCAAACCCGAUGGAUCAGGCUGAAGCAGAUCCCACGCCUCAAGGAGCAAGGCCCCGAGGCAUUUGGCAGCUUAUACUUGGUGGACAGCACCGAUGUCUCAAAGUUCAAAGCCAAUGUUAUAGAGCCUGCUGCCGAGAUCACGUCCAAGUUCCUCGCUGGGGAAUCGAGGCCGGUACCCACUGAGUUAUCGGAACUGGCCCGAGAGGUGCUUACACGAGUGAGUGAGCCCCCGCCAAAGGACAUUCCAUGCAAAAGAACAUGCGAGAUAUGUCAAACAGUCUGCGUGACGGAGCAGGCCUGGCAACGGCACAUUAAGAGUGCUGGACAUAAACGGGUCAUGAAGAAGAAGAAGAGACUGGCGCUUGUACCGGUAGACAAGACUCCAGACAACCAUUCCGAUAGUGAAGCAUCUUCGGAUCCUGAUGUAACCUCAAUCUUUGCCACUUGA